AUGGGGAAGGACGUAGCGCCCAGGCGGCUGCAGGCGUCUGGGUUGCACUUUGGACCCGCCCGCGGGAGGGAGCGCAGCGUGUCUCUGCUUUCCCGGCGCCCCCCUGCUCGGAGCCUGCGGGGCCCGCCGUGCGCGGGAUGGAGCGCCUGGUCUUGCGGGGCAGCGGGCAGCUGCUGGGGAGAACGCGCUGCGCUGAGCAUCCCCAGAGCCAACCUGCAUGUGGGGGCUGCCACUGACUCCCUGCCAGGCUGCCUUUCGGGGUGCUUUAAGAGCCUGCUGUUGGGGCACGGCCCUCCUCGCCGCUUUCUCGCUGGUUCCAGCUUCAAUGUGCCCCCCAGCGCGCAGUUCGUAGCCCGGCCCGUGGGGAUCUGCUCCAUGCUGAAGCUGCCCGUCCAGACUUCACCGGAGGGGCUGGAUGCUGCUUUUGUUGGGGUGCCCCUGGACACAGGAACCUCCAACCGCCCUGGCGCAAGGUUUGGCCCUCGCCAUAUUCGGGCCGAGUCGAGCAUGGUGAGGUCAUAUAAUCCCAGCACCGGGGCUGCACCUUUCCAUUCCCUCAUGGUGGCCGACAUAGGCGAUGUGAACGUGAACCUCUACAACCUGCUGGAGAGCUGCAGGCAAAUCCGAGAAGCCUAUCAGAAGAUUGUGGCAGCCGGUUGCAUUCCCCUCACGCUGGGUGGAGAUCACACAAUAACAUACCCAAUCCUGCAGGCGGUGGCAGAAAAGCAUGGUCCCGUGGGACUGGUGCAUGUGGACGCUCAUACCGACACAGGUGAUAAAGCGCUGGGGGAGAAGAUCUACCACGGGACGCCGUUCCGACGCUGUGUGGAGGAGGGGCUUCUGGAUUGCAAACGCGUGGUUCAGAUCGGAAUCAGAGGUUCCUCCUACACUCUGGAUCCCUACAAAUACAACCGGGAUCAGGGUUUCCGCGUCGUCCUGGCUGAAGACUGCUGGAUGAAGUCAUUGGUCCCACUGAUGGGGGAGGUGAGACAGCAGAUGGGAGCCAAGCCCAUUUACAUCAGCUUUGAUAUUGAUGGAUUAGACCCUGCAUAUGCCCCUGGCACGGGGACUCCUGAAAUUGCUGGCCUUACACCUGCUCAGGCUUUGGAGAUCAUUCGUGGUUGCCAAGGACUGAAUAUAGUGGGAUGUGAUCUUGUUGAAGUUGCACCGGUGUACGAUGCUUCUGGUAACACAGCCCUCAUGGGAGCAAAUCUGCUGUUUGAAAUGUUGUGCGCACUCCCAGGAGUCAAAAAACUUUAAACCCUUAUAGGGGAAGCCUCCAGCUUAUGCAAAUAAAGUCACUACUGCUGUCUCUUCACCUACAAGCAGAGUUUAAUAUUCACAGCCUUUCUGUGCAAAUACUUCAGCAUAAUAUGAAUGAAGAAAGAAGCCCAAAUGGAAAAACUCAGUCAAGUUUUGCUUUUCAUUUCUGCCCUCCCUCGCUCUUUACACUUAGAGGAGUGAGGGAAAAUGAAGCUUUGUGAUGGAGAAUAAAAACCAUUUCACACUC